ACCAUCGAGUCCCAUCAAAGCCCUCUGUCUCACAUUGUUCGAGACCAUCUCAUUCCUCACUCACUCUUCUUCGCUUUCCUUCUCUACGACGUUCUCAUUUCAUUUCCCGUAUCUGCCUAUGGAUUCCGAUUUCCUUGAGCAUCUCUCUUGAAAACAUGUUUGCUUUGCAGUAGUGAAGCAUUCUUUUAAUUACAACAAGGAGCCAUGAAAGGCAAGUCUGUAGCAACUAGCAAAAGCAAUGAAGGUGGGGACGAGGUUUCAGCUAGGCACUUGAGAGGGGAGGUUCAUCCAGGGGAUAUGAUUUGGGUCAAGCUUGAUAGCAGCUCCUGGUGGCCUGGGCAAGUAACUGAUGAAAAUACUGUGAGUGGAGGGUUUAGACCUUGUAAAAGAUCAGAUAGGAAUGUUCUUGUAAGGCUGUACGGAAGCUAUGAAUACAAGUAUGUGGAUCCUGUUGAGUAUUGUUCUGAUUUUCCUGUGAUACUCAAGCAGAAUGAUGGAUGUUUCCAUAAAAUUCUUCAGAAAACUCUAGACCUGCAUAGAUCUUGCUUGAAAUCCAGCAGAUCGAGGGCUCGGUCAAAGUUCAUAGGAUCAACAGAUGUCAUUAUUGACUCUGUAGAGUACAGGAGGUUGAAUCAUAAAAAUCAUAAGCAAGUCGAUCAGAAACACGAAGCUUCAGAUUGUGUAAGGGUUAGUCCAAGGAGACAACUUGACACCGUUACACCACAAAAAGCGGUGAAGACUGAAGAAGUUGAGGAUCCGGAUUGCCAAAUAUCAAAUCAAGAUAAGUUGAAAAGGAAACAAAAACGAUCUUGUUCAACUGCAUUUGAAGUGAAAGCUGAACCCUCGGAGGAAAAUGGGAUGGUGAAGAACAUCAAGCUGGAUAGGCCAGGGCUUGGGGUGAAGACAAGAAGACAAACCGCUGAAGAAUAUGGAUUGCAGAAGACACUCGAGCAAGAGUGCCCAAGUUCUUAUGUAGAAGCGAAGAAAAAUGAGCUAGGCAGAGUGAAGAAAAUUAAGGGAAAUAGCAAAUGUGCCAGAGAAGAAGCAAAAUGUCAAAGUCCCAAGAGAGACAUGUUACAUAGGAAAUGUAAGCUGAAUAGUCCAAUGAGUAAGGAGGCAGCAAAUGGAAAACUCUCCGGCCAAGAUGGAAAGCCAACUAGAAAGAUAGACGAACCAGAAGAUGGCAGAAGGCACGCUGAACAAAUCAGGAAGCAUGUGAAAUACGAGCCUGAUGCCAUGAGUAACAAGGAAGAGUUAUCAAACAGAAAGCACAAGAAUGAAUUGCGUAAAAAAUGUAUGUCAGAUAAGACAAGUGCUCAGGAAGGUAAGAGGAACGUAGUCCCGAAGUCACUUGAGAUGCAAAAGGAAUUAAAGCAAAACAGCCAAAGCAUUGACAUGAUAAUCGAUACCCCCAAGCAAAAAAAGGGACAAAAGGAUCAGAGAUUAAAUUCCCCAAGCUCAGGACCGCGUACGUAUGGAACACUCCCAAAGCUGAGUACAAGUAGGAGAUUGAGGGUGAUGCAAGACCUUGGGUUGGCUGCCCCUACUGGGUCUCCGUUCGGUAUAAAUGUAGACUCUGAUUCAACUGUGUAACAAUUGCACCAAUCAACCCAAUUUUGUAACAACUGGUCGCAAAAAAGUAUCUAUCUUGCCUAUUUAAUUGAACCCUUUAGUCUGCGGGGUUCGAUUGUUGUGAUUCAUAGAAAGCUUUACUUCACAUCCUUUCACUUUUGGUCCAGCACUAGUAUUUUGUAAGGAUUGGUAAGGUGAUGAACAGAACUCAAGCUCGUUGAUUUGUUCUUU